GAGUUGGUGAGCUUGACACAAUGAAACAGAUCUUCCUCCAGCAAGGAAAAGAGAAAUUCCUCUCCGCAUCAACUGGAGGACCAGUGACAUGGAAGCAGCCUACACCACCACCAUCACAAAUUGAUCAAAGCUGGCCAGCUCCAGCGUCCUUGUCCACGAUUCCUGCCCGGGAAUCCCCCACAGAAUUUUCACCCUGGAGCCCCUUCUCACCCACUACAGACGCCUCGUCCUUGUGGAGCGGCUCCAACGCCCCGAGUGUCACUAGCAACCGAACCUCAUCAAUAAGCUCAGACCCAUGGAGCUCAAACAACUCAAUGUUUUCCAGCACCACAAGUACAGUGACAGGUUCCUCGUUUAACCGUGCUCCAUCCAGACCUGUGUCGCAUGCCCGAUCCAGUUACGGCGAGAAUUCGCCAACAGAAGGUUCGUUCGGUUCAAAGAACUCCUCCAACUCGACAUCGCCGCGGGUGAUCACUCCCCCAACGGGCUUCGACCCCAUUAUGAACUCUACAUCGUUGGCGGGAAUCGAAUCGACGCUCAAGAAUAUAUUUCUUAAUUCGACCGACUAAAGCCGCCAAGCAACAAAGAUGGCGCCUCAUUUCCCACAGUUCAUCAGACGCGAAGUGACGUCAAAGCUGGUAUCUCUCGUUUUCGUUCAUGCCUUUUUCCUUUUUAUGUGCUGUAGGCCAAACUGUGUUGCAGUGUUUUCUCGUUUAGUUUCUCAUCCAAAGUAGCACUCUGAUACCGACUUGUGGCGGGCAGACUGGCAUUUAACGCCGAAGCUCGCCUGCGUGCCGCUUUUACUGGCACCAAACAGUCUUAAACUUUAAUAACUCAAGUUCGCCAAUUCAAGUUUUUCUUUAAUCUCAUUAUACACCACAGUUCCGUUCAAUUUUUGAUGUAUAACCACCGUGCACUGCUUAACGUCUAGGUUGCAUGUAACCCCUGUUUUUCGAGGGUCUUCAUUUUUUCUAAACCAGAGCGACCAUGUCUUACUUUUUGCACAUCUCCCAAGCGCGUGUGCCAGCCUACAAGGAUGCACGCAGUGACUUGUCGAAAAAUUCCGCUGCCGCGUUACCUAAACAAAAGCCGGUUCUCCGGUGUCAAAAAUUACACACGGUCCAUCCGUCGCGUACAAACGUAACCAGAACGCGUCGUUCCUUUUGUUUAAAAACAUUCCAGAACCUUUUCUAACGCGUCGCUCUUCCAGCUGUGAGAACCUUACACGUUUAACAUAAAGUGCAAAAAAGUUUCGCUCGCCCCUUUUUCGAGCCACCGAUAGAUCAAGCCAUUUGUAUAACCGGUUCCUCGUGUUUUCCCUAGCCUACCUGCGCAAAGAGCAAUUGUUUCCCCGUGUGCUAUAUAUCCGCGUGUCGUUUCCACCGUGUUCCUUGCCACGUAUAUCUCGCUUCUUCCCGCCCGUGCAUUUGCUGCGUGUUGCAAGUCUAUAUCGCUGAUAUGCAACAACCUUUGAGAAAGUAUUUCCCUCCCGCCAGCCCCUUUAGGCUUACGGAGCAGGGUAUAGUCGUAAAAGUUCGUGUUACAUUAACCCCUUCGCCUUUCUCACCACGGGAUUAUUAUUAUAACACUCGCACACACACACCAUGGAUUCGUCAACAAACAGGGUACUUCUUUUUGUAUUUGUAACUUCACCUCUAGGUAUUCGUAUCCCGACAGCGGGCAUCUGCCGUUUAUUCAGUUAACAUUUGUGGUGGCUAAAACAUGAAGUAUUAUCAGUAGAGUAGCGACCUUUAUCCAUAAUGACCAAUCUCCAGUGGUGCUAGCUCUGUCUUGUUAACGGAAUGUACUUUGUAUGAUUUUUGAUUCCCCGCUUUUUCUCCAUUUACCUGUGACGUCGUAUAGUUAUAUACAUCUAUAGUCAGCAGUCGAGGGCUUUUGUUAGGAGAUAGAAUUCAGGCAUUUUACCAUAACAAUCACUUUUUACAACGCUUAACUACAUCACAAGUAUACAACCGUGCAAUCCGAAUCACGCCAUUGAGAAUUGCUGUAGUAACUCGUGCGUUCGCCACGCGUUGCCCUUAUGAUCAAACACACAUGGAACUUCUGACAAAAAAAAUAAAAACAAAAAAAAAAUCCGUCAACGUUAGUGCUGAAUUACUGCCAACGACUUCGCUCGCGCACCGGCUCCCAAACUCCGCGUUCCUAAAACGCCUUACGGUUCCUAAAAUUGAUAGAAUGUUCUAACUCGCUAUGCAAGUUAAAAAUCAAUUGCAAUUGCCGCAUGUUUCGCGUGUGACUCAGAAACGCAACGGCUCGGCCGUCGGCGGAGCAUAACCGAUUACACCGCUUCACGCUUACCUGUCGAAAUAGUUUUCGGACUUCGCUUGCACAACCCACGUGCGUAAUUCUUGUUCCUAUUUCAGCCUCGAAACGAGAGAUUAUUUGUGUACCGGCAAUAAAAUAAUACGGCGCGCAAACGUUAAAAAUAACAACACCAAUUGCGCUCCGCAUAACUCCCGAACCUUUCCGUCCCUUAGGUGUUUGAUAAUUCCAAUUGAACUGGCUUAGCCCAUUUUAUACAUUUGUUUAAGGUGUUAUAUAAUCUUGAAAACCGUAGAUAAACCCGCAUAUAUACCAAGCAAUGGCCUGAGCCGACCCCUGCGAACCGCCUCGACCUUUAGAGCAACGAAGCGCCGAUCAAUAAUUCAUUUUCCCUAGAUAGGUUCAAUUAAGGAAGCAACGCAGAGCGACGGUGCGCCUGAUUUAGGCUUAAUAUUGUGCAAUAACCGCUCCGCGCAGUCGCACUGUCCCCUAUAACAGUACCUUCGUGUCUCGGAGCCGUCGGGCCGACAGUCGCCGUUUUCAAAGGCUGCGGUCCCGACCCAAAACAUUGUGUUAAAUGUGCCUUAAAAUCUCAAAAAAAAUCCCAAAAAAAUGCAUUAAGUGAAUACUCAACUGUGAACCCGCGUAUAUUUUUUUCGAAUCCCCCGUGCUGUUAAUCUGUCGCGUUACUGUUGCUGUCUGACAACUAAUCCUAAACUUUCUAUAUCUCAUACACUAUUCUGUGCAGCCGUGUUUGGGUAGCAAGCAUCUCUAUUAAAACAACGUGUGCCUUUAUCUGUCGCCCAUUGUAAGCAUUCGAUUUGUGUUCCCAGGCCGCCACACAACCACAUACACACAUACAGUAUCGCUCGCGCUACGGUACACCAGUCUGACCCCGCCCCUAUUUUGUAUAACGAUGUAGAUCUCGAAAAAAAGGCUCAUCCGGCCGUUUCCGGCGACAGGCCACAGCAGGUUCCACACCCGGUGCAUUGUAGCGAGCCGUGAGAUCACUGUCCCCUAUUUUGUACGCUUGAUGUCCACGAUUUUUCGCCCUUACCUACUACUAUACAAAUCUGCGAUUAGUUGGCGUCAUCUCGCAUUUCGCCGAGAUUGAAACCGUUCGCUCCCGCAAAAUGUCGAUAUAUGCUAGCCGUUCGCGUGACAAUCGCAAGUUUCUUUUAAAAGAUCAAAUCCCCAUUCAUAUUCCUAUGUUUAAGGCCUUUAUCAAAUGCUUCACCCAGGAGGUAGACUUCCUGACCCAAAAUGUCCAGUUUGCACCAAGUUUCUAUAGACCCCCCCCAACCCGACACUCAUAAAAUAAAAAAGGGUAGACACCCCUAGCGUUAAAUUCACAUUUUUACGAAGUAUUGUCAUUUAUUCCGCCGCGCGAGCUCUGAAGCCAUCGGUUUGCGACUGUCGUAUCCCCUGAAAUAAUUUCCAGUGUCUUCAUCCUGUUAACGAGAUUAUCUAUACCAUAUUAUCUGUUUUAUCCCCAAACGAACGUACAUUUCAAACAGCUGAGCCAAAUUGCCUUCUAGUUUAUUGCGUUCUUGUCUAGCAAUCGUCGUUCUUUCUGAUAUUGCAUCAUCUUUGCCAUUUCGAAUCACUGUUAAAUUUAAGGUGUUGAAUUUCGUGCGCAAUGCGUGCACACCCACCCCCCCCCCUGAACCGCUGCUGUCUCAAAAAUAUGCGCGGGACGUUUCAUUAUCCCGGAGUCGGGGAUCCACGUUCGCCCCCAGCCACCCGCGCGAUAGGCGCCUUCCUGUUCGUGUUUACCGUCUUAGUUACGUACUGUAUUGCCGCGCCGCUACCGCACCAAAAAGAUAACACAAAAAGUUAAAAACGCCGGAAAAGCGGCGCGGCGCGUUGUGCAAUCGCAUCGUAUCUUUUUUCGCCCGUGCGCUUUGUCGAAAAGGAACAAUCAGUGAUUUUAUCCCGCGGUCCUACCCACCCGCAACCUGUGCUUCCGAUUGUGAAAAGCGGGCCAUUUCCCCGAACUCGCUCCCCGAGUGCCAAACAGUCUAUGCACAUUUAUGUCGUGUGCGUUCACACCUGUGCAUUAACAGUAUAUAUAUUGACCCGCAUAACUGAAACCGAACAAGGACAAACCCGCCUCCCACCACAAAUUAAAACUUUCAACACAAAACACGAAAAAAAAUUACACCCCGAUUUCUGUAGCCUCAAAUUCCAAACAGUUUUCUGUCCCGGAACACCAGCACUUCGACCUCCGCACAUUCUGUCCUUUCCCCACAACACAGAAGCUACUGCCACGGCCCAGACCCGUACAGCAGCGACCCUAUGUUACACACCUAUUCAAAGGUAUCUUCAUUCAACCCUGUGCACCCAUCACUCAUAUAGCGAUAAUUGCUUAGUUCUUCAAGAAGCGUCGACCUUUUGUCAUUCAGGUGUCUGAAACGUUGUAUUUUAACGCCCUUGCAGCAACGACCCCACUGUUGCCGCACCCCUAAACCGCUCUUUCCCGCAGUGUUGUUGUUCAAUGUGUACAAGGCUGUAUUUUUUUAUACUGUUGGACGUAGUACCCAGCGACCAAAAGUGAACUGCAAGCACCGUCACCAUUCGCAUGUUUUUACCCGUGUAUGUCCCAUCUACAUAUCCGAAGCUCAACCGUAUAUACGCGAAUUGCAGCGCCAGCCCUUUUUUACCUACCUUAUAAACGACAGCCUUCGGACAUUCAUUCUUCAAGCGCAGAAGUGAUCACAGCAGAUACUCGGACCACCGUGCAGUGAGCGCUCACUUUCGCUGUUAGUCGGUAGCGCAAAAGUAACUUUACAACUUCUAUAGUCUUGCCGUGAAACACGCGCAUACACACGCGUUAAUUCGAUAGCGUGUGGACGUUUACACACCCGACCCCCCAAGCGUCACCAUAGUCCCAUUUACCCGACCCGUGGCCCGUACUUAGCUUAGUUCUCCCGAGGCAGUAUUUUAUUCUUUUCCUGCUUUUAGCACUGUUGAAUACGCUCGUGUUACUUUCGUUGUGUCCGUUACUAACGCCCGAUUUUUACUAGCGUGCUUCGUAUGUUUCCCGACAUGAUGUAUGUCACUCGUGCAUUCGUCCGCUGAUCUAUAUAAGCUGGCCCAGCGUAUUUAGUUUCCACGUUUCCAAUGCAAAUUGUCGUUUUCCAUCUCUCGCUGUACAUACCAUUCGAAAAAAAAACAAACAAAAAAAUAAUCGACUGUCUUUAGUUGUACACCAGUGUUGGUAAUAAUGUUUUGUUUUUACCGCUAUGCAUCCUACGGCGGCCGUAAACGUCAAGACAUAACCAUCCGAAGCCGCCACACCUUGACCAUGCAGUCAGUCGCGACGUGAAUCCAAACCAAACUCGAUAUUCCACUUAUCUUACGCUACCACCACAAACGGUCCAAACUUCACACGUCUGGUAAUUUCGUCUUCAAUUUUAACUCCCUAAAAAAAAGAUUUCGACUUACCUUUAAAAAAACUCGCGUAUUUUAAAUUUAAAAAACGAUCAAAAUCCGAUAUUUUAAAAUAAUGAUACGAUUAAUCCCUAAGACAAUAUUCACCCAUUUUUAUCGGUUCCAUAAAAAAAACACUCGAUUGCGCAAUCUCCGUCUUAUGCACCAACACCCAUAGUUUCAGUGCCGCAAACAGCAUUCUACACCCUGUCGUACGACCGGUGUCCAUUUUUCGCUCGUGCCCUAUAAAGACCCCAUGCAGUUCCCAUUUCAAUAAUAAUAGUAGAAACAUUUUCCUUUAGCAUUGAAUAGUUAACAGUAUAUAUCGUAUUUUGUUUGUACUUCAGUAAACAUUGUGUUCCGAUGUUAUCUUCAUUUUCCGGUAAUCGCCUCGAAAGCCGUUUUGGAUUAAUUUGUACAUUCAACCCAAAUUGCAAUCACCUGUGUUUUUUGUGCUUCAAACCGAAUGACGUGGCUGUAAUGUACAGUGUGUAUUUUCUCGCAUGUAGCGGUUGUGUUUAGUAGUUUGCCCCAAAUAAAAUUGUACAGUUCAAAA